AUGACUCGGUCGUUCACCAUCCGGAUUCCGGCAACAUCAGCCAAUAUCGGCCCUGGCUUUGAUGUCGUGGGAUUGUCACUAUCUCUUUAUCUCACUCUCACCGUCUCUGUCAAGCCGCCCACCGCUUCCUCUCCCGCGACAUCUCCUGCGAUCACAUAUUCCGGUGAGGGCGCACAGGAGGUCCCCCUCGAUGCCUACAAAAACCUCACGACGCGGGUUGCUCUCUACGUGCUGCGCUGUCACGGCAUAGCCCAAUUCCCCGCCAAUCUCACCAUCCAUGCUAAUAACGAGAUUCCGUUCGGCCGCGGGCUCGGCUCAUCCGGCGCGGCCGUCAUUGCGGGAGUCCUCCUAGGCAAUGAACUGGGCGAGCUGAACCUUUCUGUCGAGCGGAUGCUUGACUUCGCCCUGAUGGUCGAGAGGCAUCCGGACAAUGUGACUGCUGCUCUUGUCGGCGGCUUUGUCGGGUCGUACCUGCGAGAGCUGGACGAGGCGGCGACGGAGGCCGCAAGUGUUCCUCUGAGUGAGGUCCUGCCAGAGUACCCUCCCGACGCAGGCGAGUCCUGGGGUCUAGACCCUCCACAGCCGCCAGUUGGCAUUGGACACUACGUUCGCUUUGGUUGGUCAAAGAGCGUCAAGGCCAUUGCGAUCAUCCCAAGGUUCGAGCUGAGCACUGCAAAAGCGAGAGAGGUCCUGCCACAGAGCUAUUCCCGCAAGGACCUGGUAUUCAACUUGCAGCGGCUAGCAGUGCUUACAACAGCACUCGCGCAAGACCCACCAGAUGCCGAGCUUAUCUACGAAGCUAUGAAGGACAGGGUCCAUCAGCCGUACCGGAAGGCUUUGAUCCCGGGCCUUCCAGAAGUUACCUCGAACAUAACUCCUUCCAGCCACCCUGGCUUGCUCGGCAUCUGCCUCUCGGGUGCAGGCCCGACCAUUCUUGCCCUGGCUACCACCGGGUUCGAACUCAUCGCUGAGGACGCCCGCACGAUAUUCAAAGAGAGGGGCAUCGAGGUGGAUUGGAAGGUGCUUGAGGUCGUUGGUGGCAGUAUGGUGCAACAAAACGAGUGAUAUAUGUCCCGCAUGUCAGAACUGCGAUCCUCCGGUCCAUGAGGAACUCUGUAGAUGUGACGGCUUAAACUAUACUUUCGCCUGUGCU